AAGUUGGGGUCGGAGUUAAAAUCAAUAAAAAACGUGAUUUGAACCUUAAAACCCCUCAAAUGAUACUUUUUUCUUCAACAAAUGGCGGAGAUCCUGGUAUUAAAGAACUUUUUAGUGGUGAUAGAGAAACGUUAAAGAUGUCAAUGCCCAUACUAUCAUUAUUAAAACUUGAAGAUGUUAUAACACUUCAAGGAAUAUUAGAUAAAAUUGAUCAUGUAGUAGUCACCCCUGAAAGUGGACCUUGGGUAAAAAUAUUAUCGGACACAGAAUGGCUUGUGUGGUCAGUUAUAAUUAGUAGUUUGUUCAUUGGCAUUGUAUUUUUGGCCGUUUAUUAUCUGGCUGUUGUUAUG